AUGCGCUAUCGGGAAAUUAUUACGCUGUUGAAUGAUCCUGAAAUCAAGCAGCUGUACAGUACAGGCACCAAUGGAGCCAUAAAACUGGAACCAGAUGAACUGCAAAUUUUGGAGUCUUUGCAUUCGCGGCUCACUCCAGCAAUAACAUCCACAACGAAUAUUGGUGUAUGGAAUGCGAUGACACAAAUUGCCGCUGGGAAAGCAAUCGAACUUGUCAACGGCUCUGAUAAGCCAGUUAUUGGUACGAGCAAAGGUAACAUUGUACACUCUGUGUUUAUGUUGUGCUCUCCUGGUUGA